AUGGCGGCAAUAGUGCGUGUCUUGUCCCACGCCGUGAACAAACCGUACCGAACUACACAAAUCUCCGAUGAAACCCCUUACCUAAACGAAAAUGGCUACGUCGACUUUGCAGAAGGUGAUAUUGAAAACCCGCGUAAUUGGUCCAUUGCACGCCGUGCGACCAUUACUAUGAGCGCCGUGUUACUAGUUGUGAAUGCAACUUUUGCCUCAAGUUCGCCGAGCGGGUGCUUCGAGUCCAUCUCCCAACACUUCAAUAUAUCUACCGAAGUUGCUGGUUUGACGAUCACUGUCUUUCUGCUAGGAUACUGCGCUGGCCCGUUACUAUUCGCCCCACUGAGCGAGUUCUACGGUCGGAGAUGGAUUUUCUAUAUCACUUUCUCGUUCUACAUUGCAUUCAACUUCUUGUGUGCUUUCGCGCCGAACCUUGGGGCUCUCUUGGUGGGCCGGUUCCUGACUGGAACGUUUGUUUCAGCGCCACUGAGUAAUUGUCCCGGUCUUCUCGCUGAUCUGUGGAAUCCACUUCAGCGUGCCAAUGCUAUGGCUGGGUUCUCUGCUAUGGUGUGGAUUGGUCCAGCCCUUGGGCCUGUUGUAGCGGGGUUUCUUGAGCUGAAAGAGGAUUGGCGGUGGAGCUUCUAUGUGCUUCUUUGGCUUGGUGGUGCGACUGCUAUCAUAAUGUUGACCAUUCCGGAGACCUAUGCGCCGAUUAUUCUUUACACCAAGGCCAAACGGAUUCGAAAGGCGAAGAUAGCAGGGUAUGAGAAUGUGAGGGCUUCUGUUGAGGAUAGUGAUCGAACACUUCUCGGGAUUUAUAAAGUUGCUCUGACGCGACCGUGGAUUAUUCUUUUCGAUCCUAUUUCCUUGCUGUGUGCGAUUUAUAUGGCCGUCGUGUACACUUUGCUGUACAUGCUCUUCACUAUCUAUCCCAUUGUAUUCCAGGAGAAGCGUGGGUGGAACUCGGGCGUCGGCGAGUUGCCUUUGGUUGGCACUAUCGUUGGUGCCUUGUUAGGCGGUUGUAUUGUUUUGAUUGACACACAGAUGCGUCAACGGAAAAUCAAUCGAGGCGAGAGGAAGAUGGAAGAUGCGACACCAGAAGACCGAUUGCCACUUGCGAUGAUUGGAGGGAUUGGAUUUGCAAUUUCGAUGUUCUGGUUUGCGUGGACGGCCGAAUAUAACUCCAUUCAUUGGAUUGUUCCCACGAUCGCUGGGUGUUUUCUCUCCACUUUCAUGCUGCUUCUGUUCGUUGCAUAUUUGAAUUACCUUGUGGAUGUCUACUUGAUGUAUGCUGCCUCUGCAAUUGCAGCAAACACAAUCGCGCGAUCAGCCUGCGGUGCAGCCGCGCCUCUUUUCACGAGCCAGAUGUUUGCUGCACUGGGUGUAGGAGGCGGGGGUAGCUUGAUCGGCGGCGUGGCUGCAUUACUGGCUGUGGUUCCAUUCCUCUUUUACAGGUAUGGAAAACAAAUCAGGAUCAAAAGCAAGUUUGCUCCGACGUCUCCGGCUCGACAGCAAAAGGCGGAUUUGGAGAGUAACCCGCAAAAUCAAGGCGUUCAGAGCCCAACGUCUAUAUCUAGUCAAGAUGAAGGUGUAAAUGAAGGGGGAGAAGAAAAGUAG